GGAGCAUCCACUAUUACGGUUACCCCGUCUACUCAUAUCUCUCCACUCCGUCUUCAAAAACCAAAUCACGAUUUGAGCGACGGACACGAAACUCGAAGUGAAGAUGAGCGUGGCGAGUGAUUCUCCAGUGCAUUCUUCUAGUAGCGACGAUCUCGCUGCCUUCCUUGAAACAGAGUUGGAUUCUGACUCUGAUUCUUCCUCUGAGUCCUUCCCCAUCGGACAAGCCCACGAUGCUGAUGCUCAACUUUCCAAUCAUAGGUUAAAGAGACAAAAGUUGGAGUACCCAGAAGAUGAGACUGAGAAUGUAGCUUCCGUGACCUUUUCAGAAGAAAUCUCAGAAGCAUCCUCGAGCAAGGUACCAUGCGAACACCCAGGUACCUUUGGAAACAUGUGCUUUGUUUGUGGCCAAAAAGUGGAAGUAACCGGUGUUUCAUUUGGAUACAUACACAAGGGUUUUAAGCUCCAGCAAGAUGAAGUCACCCGGUUGCGUGAUAUCGAUAUGAAAGCCUUGCAAAGCCAGCGGAAGUUAUGUUUAGUUCUUGAUUUAGACCACACUUUGCUUAAUUCAACCGUACUUAGGGACCUGAAACCAGAGGAGGAAUACUUGAAAAGCCAUACGCAUUCUCUUCAAGAUGUUUCUGGUGGCGAUAUCUUCAUGCUCGAAUUCAUGCAUAUGAUGACCAAACUAAGGCCGUUUGUUCAUUCGUUUCUUAAAGAAGCCAGCACGAUGUUUGUAAUGUAUAUAUACACAAUGGGAGACAGGCCAUAUGCACGACAGAUGGCCAAGCUGCUGGACCCAAAAGGAGAGUAUUUUGGAGAACGGAUCAUUUCUCGAGAUGAUGGCACAAUGAAACAUCAGAAAAGUUUAGAUGUGGUGCUGGGGCAAGAGAAAGCUGUUCUGAUUCUUGACGAUACAGAGAAUGCAUGGCCAGGUCACAAGGACAAUCUGAUCGUGAUAGAGAGGUAUCACUUUUUUGCUUCAAGCUGCAAACAGUUCGACCACAGAUUCCAGUCUCUCUCGCAGCUGAAGAGCGAUGAGAGUGAACCGGAUGGAGUACUUUCCGCUGUUCUUAAAGUCCUAAAACAAACGCAUAGUCUAUUCUUUCAGGAUGGAGGAGAAGACUUAUCGAGCAGAGACGUCAGGUCACUAUUGAAGCAAGUGCGUAAAGAAAUCCUUAAAGGAUGCAAAGUAGUGUUCAGUCGAGUGUUCCCAACCAAGUGUCGGGCUGAGGAUCACCCGCUGUGGAGGGUGGCCGAGGGAUUGGGAGCUACCUGUGCAACGGAAGUGGACGCAUCUGUAACACACGUGGUGGGUAUGGAUGUGGGAACAGAGAAGGUGCGUUGGGCCGUAAGAGAGAAGAAGUUCGUGGUGCAUAGAGGGUGGAUAGACGCAGCUAAUUACUUGUGGAAGAAGCAACCAGAAGAGAACUUCGGGUUGGAGCAGCUGAAGAAGCAAGGAACGGAUGAUGUAACAGUUGAAAAGUAGACCGAGGAAGAAUAGUUAACUUAUGUAAUUGGAUUCUGAUUAUGUCGAAACUCGAAACAAAGCAAAGUUAGAAGUUUAGAACAAUAGAUUUUGGAGUGACAUGUCUUGGUUCUUUGUGCAUAUACGCAUCUUGGUUCUGUUGAUCGUUGCUUCUUCAUAUUGGGUUUAACCGGGCC